AUGCUGCAUUACCCUGUUCGGAAGUCUUCUGGAACGCACCAACGGCCUGGGCCUGGAAGGCUCUACUUGGACCAGCCGAGAUCCCCCCCGAGCACGUAUUUUCUCACAACGUUGACGACGAUUCUCUUACACCAUGAGGUCGAGGAGGUGUUACCAUUCCCAACAUUAGACGAUUUUUGCAAGACUCUCUAUGCCUAUGUCCUGCAUACGCAUGUCCUCGAGUGGCGGCAGACCAUCUGCAUGCUUAAUCCAACUGGACUAAUUUCGUCCCCCAUUUCAUUGGCACCGGAGAAUAUUGGAGCUUCACUACACGAGCGUCGGAACUGGCUGGAGUGCUGUCUGAGAAAUUGGGCUGAUUUCUAUGGAGAUGGUAACCAAGCCAGUGCUACCGAACGGAGCUCAAAGAACUCAUCUGGGAUCCUCCUCAAUCAUCUGGCAAAUUUGGCACUUCAUCUUAAUUUUUCAGACCUCCACAUCGUUGCUGGCAGAUCUGGCUCAGAUGCUGAUAUUGGACUGGCUAUGCAGUCAUUGCGUAAUUGGCUUCGAGAAGAGAGAGUCCGAAGGAUAUUCGCCUGCAAUAGUCAAAUGCUGAACGCAGCGUACGAGGCAAUUUCUGCUGGCCACAUGCAGCGGAGUGGGUUUGAAUUAGCGAUCUCUUUGUUUAUGGGUGGUCUGACCAGCUGGGCCAUAUCUCGGUUCGGGAGUCAUAAUUUGACAACCGUCCAUCAAAGCGCUUCAGAGACUUCACACCUCCCUGAAGGAGAGCUUGGCAAUGAUGACAGCCGCGAUCAGUUGAGUGCUACAGAGUCGCCGCAAGCGCCAGACUUGCUUUCCACUCAAGUUUCACGUGCACGGGAUGGUUUACGUGCCGUUGGAUGUGUCCGACUAGCAGUUACUUUCGGGGAGAUUCUCGAUCGGCUUCUUACUGAGUCGAUUGACUAA